CCUGCAAUUCGCGCCGCAACAGCUGUGACAGACAUCGAAAUGUUCAGCGGCAGCGCAAAAGGAGGUACUCUGAAAAGGUCGAGAACAGGUAUGAAACACCCCAAGACCCCCGGUCUGCUGGAGAACAGCCUGUCUCCGUGGGCUGAUGAAGAGGAGGAGGAGGAGGAUGAAGGGGAGAGGACUCUGUCUUUGGAGAGACGGCCUAAGCGUGAGCGGCGUCAGAGCAGUGUGACGCUGUGCAAGGUGUGUAACAUCCAGCUCAACUCUGCAGCCCAGGCCCAGAUCCACUACAACGGCAAGACCCACCAGAGGAGGCUCCGGCAACACAACAAGGCUACUGCCCUGAACGCACACACAGGUACCAUAUCUCAGGCCAACCCCCUCCUGGCUUCCCUAUCCCUCCCAGGACGGCCCCUACAGCCGCAGCUAGACCUCAAGCACUUCCUGCCUUUACGGGUCAAUGGCUCCACCCCCCUCAGCCUGUUCCCCAACUUCAACACGAUGGACCCAGUCCAGAAGGCAGUCAUCAACCACACAUUUGGUGUGGCCCAGCCCAAGAAGAAACAGAUCAUCUCUUGCAACAUCUGUCACCUGCGCUUUAACUCCACUAACCAGGCUGAGGCCCACUACAAGGGUCACAAGCACGCUCGCAAAUUGAAGGCCAUGGACGUUCAGAGGAAUCGACAGAGGGGCCAAGGCUCCACGGCCGGAAAGGAGAAAGAGAGGGACAGGGAAAGAGAGAAAGGGAAAACAGGAGUAAUGGAAACUAUACCAGCACUGCUGGAGACCAGUCUCACAGAGCCAGAAGGCCUCCAGUCCAUUCCCAAACCUGCACAGCUUGAGCUAGAGGACACCCAGGGGACCCGGCUAACACCCACGUCCACCACCAAGUCCCCGCCUCACACAUCAUUGCCGCUCCCCGCUCACGUGUCCCCAGCCUUGCAGCUUUUUGAGCUGACGUCCAACAGAGGCACCACGGAGGGUCCUGGCCCUGCCACCGAUCCAGCUGUUGACAUGGACCAGCCAGAUCCCCUCACGGGCCAGGGAGACUUCCCCAAACUGGGAGAAGAAGAAUCCAAGGAGGGCAAAAAGAGCCCGGAAAAACUGCAGCUCCACUGUCCUAUGUGUAAAGUCACUGUUAACUCCAAGUCCCAGCUGGAAGCUCACUAUAGUGGUUCCAAACACAAGCAGAUGUUGGAGGGGCAGGCUGGCGGACAGGUACGACGCAGGGGCCAGGUGAUGUCAUUGCCCCGGGUGCCCAUCAAAACCAAGCAGCUAAUGAGCAGUAACCGCAUGGGCAUGGUCAACCAGCCGUUUCACUGCAAGGUCUGCGAAGUGUCGGUCAACUCCGAGACACAACUUAAACAGCACAUGAGCAGCAGAAGGCACAAAGACCGUUUGGCGGGAAAGCCUUCCAAGCCAAAGUUCAGUCCGUACACCAAGAGCCAACCUAACCCUGUUUUAGCGACCAAACUAGCUCUGCAGAAACAUCUGCCCAAGACCCUGCCAGCAGGCUUCCUGGCCAGUCAUUUGAACCCAGCCACCUUGUGCACCAUGGCCUCCAGCCCCCUAACCCUCCGGCCGUCACCAAGCCCCUCCACCAUCAUCCAGACCCCUCUGCUCAGCCCCGCACUAUUCAGGCCCGCCCCAGGGCCACUGAGAGCCAUGCAUGCACCUAUUAUCUUCUCACCAUAUUAGCUUACCUUAGCUUGCUAAAACAGCAUUGUUUUUCCCGGACUGAUCUAACUAAUGUUAAACCAGACUGAAAUAACCUGGUUGAGCCUGAUGGCCAAGCUAAGCGGCUACUUAAGAAAAACUAUGCAGUGAGGGCAGCAUACCAGCAUGCGAAGUAUCACAGGCUCAGGUCACUUAAAGAAUCUCUUGUGUGAAUGAAUACCCUUGUGAGAACAAUAAGAUAUGGCUGGGGUCAAUCCCCCACAGCAGGUCUGGACUGGGACUGAAAAAUGGCCCCGGACUUUGAAACGCAGACCAGCCCACGACCGUGUAUUAGUAUUAUUAUAUCUUUAUUUUGUUUGGUCGUUCGGGAAAUCUCCGGACGGACAGUCCGACCAUGCCCCACACUAUCACCCCUCUAAUACACGCUCUCCAAAGACUAUUGACUCAUUCUCCUCGGGAUCUAGAUGCUUUUGGAAGCUAUGAUGACUUUAUUAUGAUAAAUUCUUAGAUUGUGUUAAAAAAAUUGUAUAUUUAUGUUUUGUAUGUUGGUGGGUCUGUUGCCAAUAGUUUCUUUACUGUAGAGUAUUGACAUUGUUGUGCUCUGGGAGUAUAACUUCAGGUUUCCCUUUCCAGUAUUAGUCCAAACAAUACUUAAAGACUAUUUGACUUGUGUUUGUUGUUUUAAUAAUCCAGAGAGCUGUGUUAAUAUCUUAAGGCCAUUCCCUUAUGACUGGUUGUAGUCUGGCUGUAGCUUGAAAAACAUAUAAGCUUGAAGAAACUACAGACCUACAUCUAACUUGUCAGGGGACACAGAAGAAAAUUCAUAAUGAGAUAUGCCGUAGGCUAACACUGAAAUGGCACAAUAUGCUGAUACAGAGAGAUGUUUGUUUUUUUGGGCACAAUUGAUAAACUGACAGUACAUCUUUGUUAAACUGCUAAACUGAUUUAGGGUAGCAACACUGGUUAAGGUUUGUGUUAGAAUGAGGCUUAUAAUGUUUUUUGAUUGUUAGUUUUGAUGGUUAGCAUUUCAGAAAAUAAAGUUCUAGCAGAAAGACGAGCAAAGGUUUUCCCACUAAGUUCUGCCCUUUCCAUAACUCUGUCUCUCUUUCUCUCUCUCUGUCUUUGUCUGCACAUGAAAUCUUUAUACAAUCAGCCGCCAUAGAAAAAAGAGACCCACAGUUCACUGACAUAUGGCUGGCUUUGGUCCAAAAUGUGCAAUAUAGAGCCUGGGUAUCAUGUUGGCUGGCUCACAAAUCUGAGUGUUUUCACAAAAUAAUAAAGAUAAUGUAUUUUAAAGCUGCUAUCACCCCUUCUGUAACCUCAUCUCCUUUUGCUGUGCAGAACUUUUAAAACCUAAGCAAUAUUAUGUGUUUUGAAGUUGUAUUUAAAUGUCAAAUGUUGAAUCUCAUGGGUAGCCUAAUUGCCCAUCCAUUGCAAUACUGUACAGUAUUAUUGGUCUCGAUUAUGUCUA